UUCACAGGAAAAUAAUAAAUCUUUGAGCAGAGGACCCAGUUGAAGGAUGUGAUCAUAAAAAUGGGAUAAAUUUACAGAAAACUAACAAAAGUGUCUUUACACAGAGAUUAAUUUAAUCUGGAAGCGAUUAUUUGUCUUUAAUUGGAUCCAUAAAUAUUUAGUUAUAGUCAGGUGAAUCCUCCCUACGUAGUUGAAUUACGUAAACCGUAGCUCCACCCCUUUACGCCCAUGACGUCAGCCACAGUUUAAAACCCACAGUUGGUUCCUUCUCCGUUCAGGGAAUCCUCGGUACCGUAGCGGCGGUGACAACAGUUCUGUUGUAAUGUCAGCAGCUGGUCUCUGUCAGUUUUUCUUCAGCCGUUCAGGAUUUUGGACUUUUAUCUUCGUCGUGGUUUUAGUCUGGACGCCUGUUAAAGGUGGCCUCCAUCUGAUUGGUUCGUCUCAGCCAAUCGUAGCUGCUCCUGGAGAUGACGUCGUCCUCCCGUGUCGGGUGGAUCCUGAGUGGGACGCCGUGGGGAAGACGGUGGAGUGGUCCCGACCGGACCUGAGGCCGUCCGGCCCUCAGAAGCGUGUGGAGUACGUGUUCGUGUACCGCUUCAGGAAGACGGACCGAGACAUGAUGAUGGACACGUACAUCCAGAGGACGUCUCUGUCCCAGGACGGCCUGAGGCGAGGAGACGUGUCUCUGACCAUCAGGAACGUCAGCCUGCAGGACCACGGCAGGUUCCGAUGUUUCAUCCCACGCCUCAGGGUAGAAGCACAACUUCUGCUUGUUGUUGGUGAGAAACGGGUCCAAACUGCAGGUUCUGAUCUGGUUCUGUUGGGGUUUUUUCUAAUCAGUCCUGUUAUUGUUGCUGUUUCAGAUCCAAACUUUGUUUCAACAACGACAACAGAGUCGGUUCAUCCCAGAAACCUCAUCAGUCCGACGCCACAGGAGGAAACCGUGACGAACGGUCGUCGGUCCAGGAUGUUUCUUGUUUUGCCCAUUAUUCUCUUCAUCAUUUCUCUGAGUUUACUUUUCAUCUUCAGCUUGAAAAAAUUGCUCCAAAACCACAAAAUUUCAACAGAACCCCCUGAGAGCCUCUGCCUUGCAGUUUUGUUGCCUUGCUCAAGAGCAGACCUGUGUUGAUGUGGAGAAGAACUCCAUCCAGUCUCUCAUUGUGACUCCUGAUCAACUGCGGCGUCAUGGAAACUGUGGAGGUUGAGUCGAUCAGUCUGAGGCGUAUCGAUGAAACCAGGUUCUCCAUAAAGCAGCUCUCAGAUUCUGCAGGAAUCCUACAAACUUUCAGAUAAGCAUGAGAAAAUGUUCUGGAUUGAUCCAACAAGGAGAAGCUCGUCUGUUAGCUGAACUGUGUCUGUGCAGAGCAGCUCUGGGAUUCUGCAGAACCUCUUCAACCAUAUCCUGAGCCAAGAAAAGGCUCCACUGUUCUGGAAGACAUCCUGUCUGGUUCCAGUUCCAAAGAAAACUCACCCAUCAGUCAUCAACCACCACAGACCUGCUGCCCUGACAUCCCACAGCAUGGAGGUUCUGGAGAGACUCCUGUUGGCCCACCUGAGUAAGCAGACAAGCUCAUAUCAAGACCCUCUGCAGUUUGCUUAUCGCCAUGGAGAUGGAGGUUGCCAUCAUACACCUGCUUCAACAAACUUUGUGUCAUCCGGACAAAGUGAGGAUCAUGUUCUCUGAUUUCUCCAGUCCAUUUAACACGAUUCAGUCUGAGCUGCUCUGUGAGAAACUUCAGAAGACACAAGUGGAUCACCUGGAUCUACCUGACAGACAGACAGACCACCGUUUGUGAGACUAAAGGACUCUGUGUCUAACCAGGUGGUCAGCAACAUAUUAGCACCACAGGGCUCUGUGCUCUCACCAUUCCUUUUCACUCUGUACACUUCAGACUUCCAGCACAAGUCCAACAUCUACAGAAAUACUCAGGUGACUGCAGUUGUUGGGUGAAUCAGAGAUGAUCAUGCAAAGAAAAAUUCUUGAUAAAAUCAAUAAAAUUAUGGACAAUCCUGACCAUCCUCUUCAUGAAACUGUCUUGGGAAGGUAGAGUAUCUUCAGUCAGAGGCUUCUUCAGAUUCAGUGCAGUACAGACUGCUACAGAAGAUCUUUCCUGCCUUCACCAUCUACAAUAACUGAAGAAUUAAUGAGCUACAACAUUUAACUUUCCUUUGGGAUUGAUAAAGUAUUUUUGAAUCUGAAUUUUCUAGAAUUGUUUUAACUUAUUGUACUUCUGUUUAACAUCACCAUGUAUGAUCUGGUAUCAUCUUUCAGUUUGUUUUUCAUUUAUUUUGGACUCUGCAGUCUAAACACAUGUUGCAUCUUUUAAACAUGAAGCUCAAACAUUUGUUAAAGAUCUGUAGACCAGAUCAAGCUGUGAAACGUUAGGAAAUAUUUUAAAUGUAUUUGUGGAAAAACAAAAUGUGAUAUAGAACUAUUUCAUUAAUGCAGUAACACUGUAUUUGCACUUAUUUUGUAAUCUGUUUCUUAAUGUUACACUAAACAGUAAAUCAAAUCCUCAAUGUGAAAAGAUAAAAGUCUGAGUUGUUUUCCUUGUAGUUGGCCUGCUGUGGUUACAUGAUGGACUGACAUUUAUUUUCCAGUCACUUCCUGGAGGAGUUUUAGAGAAAUGCUGUUAAACUCUGGAGAUUUUAAUCCUGCUGGAUUAUAUGGAUUUUUUUUAAACUGUAAUUUAUUUUGCUACUUGGACACUUAAAGCUAAAUUGGGACUAAAUGAUUCUCAGUUUUGGCUGAUUAAAACCUUAUUAAGCUAAUAAAUUAAACAUAAAGCCGUAAAUGUUUCUGACUUGCAUAUUUAUUUUUUCUAUAUUUUGUAAUAAAGUGAACUCUGAAGU